AUGUUGAGAGAGGCAGCUCAGGGUGGCAUUUGCAUUUGGGCUGCUUCAUAUCCAGGCAACACAGCUUCAGUAAGAUCAGGUGUCACAUUGGCCACUCUCUCUAGAGUGUCGGGAACUAAAUGGACUCUAGUGGACUUCCUUCGAAGUCCUGAAGAAGAACAAAUUACUGCACUUUCGUGGAGCCCGAAUGGAAAGUAUUUGGCAUCAGCUUCAUUUGAGAGCUCUUCAUUCAUCAUUUGGGAUGUUGCUCAAGGAGUCGGAACACCAAUUCGACGUGGCUUAGGGGGAAUAUCUUUGUUGAGAUGGUCCCCAUCGGGAGACUAUUUCUUGUCUGCGAAAUUUGAUGGGACAUUCUAUCUAUGGGAGACUAAUACAUGGAUGUCAGAACCAUGGUCGUCAACAAAUGGUUUUGUGAUGGGAGCAGCUUGGGAUCCUGAUGGUAGUAGAAUACUCAUUGCUUUCUCUGAAACUUCAACAUUGGGUUCCAGAUGUUAG